AUGACUCAAAACCAAGGUCUCCUAUUUCAAACAGCAGGUGAAGGAGCAGCUGAAGGAACAGGUGUAGAAUAUGGCCUGGUCCUCGGUUAUCUAGAGGGCGGCAGCUUCAAAGUCCAGGUUCUGCGCGAAAAGGACGAGAAUGACCCGUACAUCGUCACUGCAGUGGCUAAGAAACACCUUUCGGUAAUAGCGAGCGACAUUGUGCUUUUGUCUGCGGAUAAAUCUACUCCAGAGGAUGUUGAGAUCAUCAAAGUCUUCGAGGAAGACGAGAUCGAAGCAUUAUUGAUUCGUGGUGACAUACCUAGCCGCUUUGCGACUUUUCCCAUAGAUUAA